AUGACUGAUCACUGCAGGAAAACCGGAUGGGAUGUCAGUGCAAAUGAUUUGAUUGAAAUCAAAGAUACAUCAUUUUGCGAUAUAGGAUAUACUGGACAAGGUUCUGCUGUUUUUUCAAAUAGUGCAUCAAAAAGGUUUAACAUCUUAAAUUGCGUAUUUACGCUAUGCAGAGCAACAGAAAUCGGAGAAGCUUUAAGAGUUAUAAACUCUCCGACAGUUACAUUAAAGUCCUGCUCUGCAUCUCAGCGCUAUACAAGUACAAAUACUGAUGAUGAGUUGAAUAGAUGGGGCCAAUUCUUUGCAUUCACAGGUGCCGAAAAUUCUCAAUGCGAAACUCAUGUUGACAAUGUUGGAAUUGAUAAAUGUCCACUAACGACAGAACUAAGAGGUCAAAGACCCGCGUUUUUCCACAGAUGCAAUGUCGAUUUCACUCAUUCAAACGUUACUGAUUCACAUUGCACUUACUGCAGUGGAUUUUAUCUUGGAGAUUGCGCAGCAUCAGUUAAAUACAUUCUAAUCUCAGGAACAUCAAGCAAUUGCGUAAGUAUAGAGUUAGAAAAUACAACAGGUUCACUUACCCACAUAACUUUAACUAAUAUAACUCAAUCAGAUUGGAACCUUUCCGUUAUUUAUUAUCUUAAUUCCACAGUUUCAUUCGAAUACUUCACUCUUACAGAUUACAACAUUAAUGAAUUAGCUUACCUCUUCAAUUACAGUCUUAAGUCCGAUACACCUUCCGGUGGUGUUUCAUUGAACCAUUACACAAUUGUUCCUCCAUUCCCCAACAUGGGCAAUUUAACAAGCAUGGAAGGAAAUGAAACCAAAACCACAGACACUACAACAGAGGAACCAAAAGGACCAACAGAAGAAAUAAAGACACCAACAGAAACACCUACAGAAAUACCUAAAUAG